CGUAGCUGAUCUCGUUGCCUAGAAGCGCUGACAGCUUCCUGAGUACCUAUACACAACCACGAUAUACUUCCAAGGAAAAUGUCUGGCUUAGAAGUAUUGGUUGCGUAUGGUGUUGCUUGCGAUGUCAUUCAGCUUCUGAGCUUCGCACAAGCCGGCGUUGCGAUCGCAAAGCGAAUCAAUGAUACAAAGUCGGUCGAACGCAAUCUCCAGAUAUGCCUCCAUUAUAUGAAUGGGGGCUUGAAUCGUUUGGAAAAGUCGUUGAAAAGCGUGAAACCGCUGGAACGAACUGAGCCGGAGCUAAUGGGCAUUGCAAAACAAAGCUAUGCUACAACACAUGAGUUGAGGGCUCUACUACUGGACAAUUCGAACCCCAUAUCUCGAAAGACGGCCGAGGGAAUGGCGGAGAAGAUUCAUGGACUCCAGGAAGAUUUCCGCUACCGAUUGUUGGAACGCUCAUGGAGUUGUGAAACCUGCCCUCCUGACGAACCGCAACCAGCUCCUCCAAGCAAUCCGGAAAACACGGAUGACCGAGUAAAUCUAUCACGUAGCUUAGAAUAUUCAGGAUUGUAUGGGUGGCUUAAUGUUGGUGAACCUCACAGAAAGACCUUUUCGAGCGUUUUCGACACCAGUGGUCUGGAAAAUGACCCCGUUACAACGAAGAGAACAUCCCCGGAUCAGGUUGCUUGGAUGCGACAGGGUGCAUCAAACGUGAAAAUGAGCUGGGAUGACUUCACCGCGUGGUUGCGUGAUUCGAAGCAGCAACCAUAUUUGAUCAGCGGAGGCGCUCAGUCCGGAAAGAGUGUAAUGAUCAAGUUUCUAGCAAAUCACCCGUUGACUCAAUGUUUCCUCGAAGAAUUCCAUGGGACAACACUCAUCAUAACAGCAUACGCAGCUCGGAAAGUCGUAACUAAGAGAUUACCGGAGCAGAUACUGCUCUCAUUGGUGCAUGAGCUAGUACAGAAAGUCCCUGGAAUAUCUGCACAGAUUCUAGAAACUUUUCCUGCUACCCAAGAAAAAACUGGGUUUGAAGACUGGUCGUUCAAUGAGCUCUGCGACAUAGUCAGAUAUGUUUUGUCCACAAGGAAAGAGCAUAUAUGCGUGUUCAUAGAUGGAAUGGAUGAACGGGCCAGCGAAUCAGACCAGGAAGGAAUCUUGCACCUUUGGGACGAAAUCAGCUCGCUGCCAGAAGUUCAUCUCUGUAUAACGUUCCGAUCGCACUCGGUAUUUUUGGGGCAUUUCCCUCAAGCGCCCCACCUCGAGAUGCAAUGUAUGCUGCGAUACGACAUCGAUCAAUAUAUGAGGAGCAUUUCUGGUGACCAUGAUUCCGAGGGUUACCAAACAACCAACACGGACUUGGAUGAGAUUGUUGCACAAGUCAACAAGACUACCCUCAGCACAGAAAAUACGACCACGGAUAGUGAUGAGCCCGCAGAGGUAAACAUGUGCAGAUUAUUGCGACCAAAUUUCCGCAAAGCACUUUUCUCACAGAUGUUGCAUUGCUCAAUGGAGGACAGGAGGUCGGCCUCAACUGACGCAAACUACCUGAGCUUCUUUAUACCCCUCAUAAUGGCCAUUCUCGGCAUCAAUUUAGGGUACUGGCAGGGUCACAUCGCCAAUUUCGUACUGGUUCUUGACUCAGAACUGACAUUACGGGUCUUGACCCAGGAUACUUCUUCGUGGGCUGACACCAUGAGAAUCAAAGAGCAGCAAAUGACGGAGCUUCUGCUCGUACAAUGUGCAGGCCUAGUUGGGAUUUCCCAAAAUGGCUUCGUGAAAAACUCGACCGUAGUCAAUGCGACAUAUCAAAAUAUCGAUGACCAGGACCGAACACGACUGGAAGAAAACUUUUCCGACGUCCAUACCGAAGAUUUCACCAUCAAUGCCAUGCUUGCUUGCUUGGCAUGCGCAAAAAUCGAUAUGGUCGCACCUAAACUUCUAGGCCAGCGCGAUUCUAGUACUUACAAGUUUCCCGAUUCUCCCGAUACACUUAUAAGCGGAUCUACAUCUGUGUUGGAUCGGGCUCACACUAUCAUGCUGAGGGGAAAACCGCUCUCUUCCCAAGAUGCAGACACAUUCCUUAGUUUCUCACAGCAACUUUAUGAAAUCCACCACUGGCCUUUCGAGAUAAUAAGGUGUCGCAAACCGGAUUUUCUCGGGGCCGCUCUUUGGUCGGGGUUCUUCCAAUGGGCUAGGGCUAAAUUCGAUAAACUCUUGUCAGAGGCUCCCCACGGUAUGAUGGUGUCAGAGACAUACAAGUUUUAUAUUCUGGACCUCGCCGCGAACCAUAUUUGUGGGGAAAUGAUGGAGAGUUACAAAUCAAAGCAAUGUGUUCUUGAUUUCGAAUCCUUGAUAGGCCAUCUCUCUUUUCGUCCGGCUGAACAUUCCUAUGUCACAUUCUCGCAACAGCUGGGCAGGCGCACUAACGAUCCAUAUCAACGUUUUUUCCUCGCUAGUAGUCCUAUCGUGCUCGUACUCAGCCGAAUCAUCUAUAUCACCGAGCAAGAUAGGUAUGAUUACAGUGACAACCCGAGCCUUCAUCCGACAGCAAGCCGGAUGGCCCGUCCCGGAUUUACCAUGUUGAAUUCCAUCUUGAAUGCAGGAUACACGGGCGCCGAUACCACCUUGCUAGUACUGCGGACCUCUGGAGUUAAGGGUUCCUGUGACCCUUUGAAACAAACAUACUAUUAUUGUUCAAGCAAGUCAAAUGAAGACCUUGAAGAAGGAACUUUAUUCAUCAAGGCGAAUACAUCAGCUAUCCUUGAGAUAUUCUUUGAGAUAGUGGUCGCGACCGGCUCUCCGAAUCCAGAAGUGCACAGCUCACUACGAGCUGCUCUUGAGAAGGCGAGGAUGUUCACGAAGCCAUUCAUGAAAGUUGUCGCAUUCACCCCACGUUCAACGCCUAGUCCAAGAAAGGCACUUGUUAGAUGCUUAUAUCACUCCAGUCGCGCUACCAAAGCUCGCUUUCGACAAGCUCGCGACAAUUUUACUCGAACUAUCGAACUUUUGGUCCCCAUCGAUAGCGAUGAAAUAAGCCUGGACACGAGCGACUUUAUCCUGCACGACCCCGAAGAAGAGGAACUGGGGUUCAGGGGCGUCUCACUGGCACAUAUCCGGCCGAAGCUUCAGGAUAUUUCGUCGCGUGCGAGAUCGACUACCCUGUACACUCUUGAGCAAGAGUGGGUGAAGGAAGGGUUGCUUGUGCCUGCUGAGAAGGUUGACGAGAAUUUCCCACCGAAGCCAUUCACUCCGGUCACCUAG